AUGGCUAACAAAGACGAAUAUGUUCUUGCGAAUGGUGACACGUUUCUUCUUCCAACAAACGCAGUUUACCGCAUUAACGAUAAACUGGACGAUGCAUCGGAUUUCUCAUCUGUGUAUUCCAAUGAGCCUGAAUUGGCGAUCGGCGAUGGGCAAGAUGCCGAUGAUCUGUACAUGGAUGACGUCGAAUUCGCUCAGCGACUUUUUAAAUUUGGAUUGGAUGUAAACGGUUUACCAUUGCGUAAUGAUCUAAUAUUCAAAACAUUCGAUGAAGCUUCAGAUUUUACGUUACAGUUUCAGCGAUUAUCGUUUUGGGAAAAAUUUGCAGGUGGAGAAGAAAAACCAGCUGAGGUAAAACCCGUCAUUUAA